CGGGCGCGGCUGCCCUGCGCGGUGCGUCCCCGGAGGCGGCCCCUUCGCACGGGCUCGGGCCGUGCGGCGACGCCGGGACGACGCCGGCCCACUGUGCGGACGCGGCCGCCGCGGCCCGGAGGGGCCGGGGACGCGCUCGAUGGUCGCGCCCUUAGCAGCCCCACGCAGGCGCCCGCCCGCCGCGUCCAGCCGCCAGCCCAGCAGCCAAGAGCGGCUCCCAGGCCCGCCUCCGCCCGCCUGCAGGCUCGACUCCGCGCGUGUGGCGCCGACUGUCCACGCCCUCAGCCCGCUCCCCGCCUCCACAGCCUCCAGGGCGCUAACUACCUGCCGGCGGGGUGGGGCGGCGGGCCGCCGCGGCCUCGCGGAUGGACUACAACUCCCAUGAGGCUCUGGGGCCGCGCAAGCGCGUGAGAGCCCAUUGGCUGGGAAGGCUCUGAGCUUGGGGCCCUGAUUGGCUGAGGGGCCUGAGGCGACCGAUUCCGGAAAGGGGAAGAGUAGCCAACAUGGCGGCGGAGCGCGGCGCGGGCCAGCAACAGUCGCAGGAGAUGAUGGAGGAACGUGGGCCUGUGAACUGGGCUGGUUUUCUUGGCCAAAUGGAUAGUGGAGCAUGGAUGAAGUCGACAGGAGGGUGGAAUCGGAAGAGUCGGGCGAUGAAGAAGGGAAGAAGCAGAGCAGCGGGAUGGUGGCAGACCUCAGCGCGCACAGCCUGAAGGAUGGAGAGGAGCGGGGGGAAGAGGACCCAGAAGGUACCAGGCCAAAAGGACAAGAGCUGCCUGUGGAUAUGGAAACCAUUAACCUGGACAGAGAUGCAGAGGAUGUUGAUUUGAAUCAUUACCGCAUUGGAAAAAUUGAAGGAUUUGAGGUGCUGAAGAAAGUGAAGACUCUCUGCCUCCGUCAGAAUUUAAUUAAAUGCAUUGAGAAUCUAGAGGAGCUACAGAGUCUUCGAGAGCUGGAUCUUUACGACAACCAAAUCAAGAAGAUUGAGAACCUGGAGGCGCUGACAGAGCUGGAGAUUCUAGAUAUUUCUUUUAAUCUAUUGAGAAACAUUGAAGGAAUUGAUAAGUUGACACGACUGAAAAAACUCUUCUUGGUCAACAAUAAAAUCAAUAAAAUUGAGAACAUAGGCAGCUUACAUCAACUGCAGAUGCUGGAGCUGGGGUCCAACCGCAUCCGGGCAAUUGAAAAUAUUGACACGUUAACCAACCUGGAGAGUUUGUUUUUGGGGAAAAACAAGAUCACGAAGCUUCAGAACCUGGACGCGCUCGCCAACCUGACCGUCCUCAGCAUGCAGAGCAACCGGCUGACCAAGAUCGAGGGCCUGCAGAACCUGGUGAACCUGCGGGAGCUGUAUCUCAGCCACAACGGCAUCGAAGUCAUCGAGGGCCUGGACAACAACAACAAACUCACAAUGUUGGAUGUCGCUUCAAAUAGAAUCAAAAAGAUCGAAAAUAUCAGCCAUCUAACAGAGCUGCAGGAGUUCUGGAUGAACGACAACCUCCUGGACUGCUGGAGUGACCUGGAUGAGCUCAAGGGUGCCAAGAGCCUGGAGACGGUGUACCUGGAGCGGAACCCCCUGCAGAAGGACCCCCAGUACCGGCGGAAGAUCAUGCUGGCCCUCCCCACGGUGCGGCAGAUAGACGCCACCUUCGUCAGGUUCUGAACCUCCUCGCUCCUCUCCUGGCCCCUCUCUUCCGAGAGCCUCCCGGCAGUCAUCACUAUAUCAACAGUCACAAACCCAAUGGCAAUAAAAAGGCGCUGAGUGAA